AUGUCCUCUAAGUUGGAGCUGAAGGACGUCCACCAGCUGAACGGGACUGGCCCUGCUGCUGCUUCACCCUGCUCUUCCGAUGGCCCCGGGCGAGAGCCCUUGGCCGGGACCUCCGAGUUCCUGGGGCAGGAUGAGGCUGGGGUAGAGGUGGUGGUGAUCGAGUCUCGGGCCAACGCCAAGGGGGUUCGGGAGGAGGACGCCCUGCUGGAGAACGGGAGCCAGAGCAAUGAGAGCGACGACGUCAGCACAGACCGGGGCCCCGCACCACCCUCCCCGCUCAAGGAGACCUCCUUUUCCAUCGGGCUGCAAGUGCUCUUCCCCUUCCUCCUGGCAGGCUUCGGGACCGUGGCCGCGGGCAUGGUGCUGGACAUCGUACAGCACUGGGAAGUCUUCCAGAAGGUGACGGAGGUCUUCAUCCUGGUGCCCGCACUGCUGGGGCUGAAGGGGAACCUGGAAAUGACCCUGGCAUCGAGGCUGUCCACCGCAGCCAACAUCGGGCACAUGGACACACCCAAGGAGCUCUGGCGGAUGAUCACUGGGAACAUGGCUCUCAUUCAGGUGCAGGCCACAGUGGUGGGCUUCCUGGCAUCCAUUGCAGCUGUCGUCUUUGGCUGGAUCCCUGAUGGCCAUUUCAGUAUCCCGCAUGCCUUUCUGCUGUGUGCCAGCAGUGUGGCCACGGCCUUCAUCGCCUCCCUGGUACUAGGUAUGAUCAUGAUUGGGGUCAUCAUUGGCUCUCGAAAGAUUGGAAUCAACCCAGACAACGUGGCCACUCCCAUUGCUGCCAGUCUGGGCGACCUCAUUACCUUGGCACUGCUUUCAGGCAUCAGCUGGGGACUCUACCUGGAGCUGGAAAACUGGAAAUACAUCUACCCCCUGGUGUGUGCCUUCUUCGUGGCCCUGCUGCCUGUCUGGGUGGUGCUGGCCCGGCGGAGCCCAGCCACAAGGGAGGUGCUGUACUCGGGCUGGGAGCCUGUCAUCAUCGCCAUGGCCAUCAGCAGUGUGGGAGGCCUCAUCUUGGACAAGACUGUCUCGGACCCCAACUUUGCAGGAAUGGCGGUCUUCACACCGGUGAUUAACGGUGUGGGGGGCAAUCUGGUGGCCGUGCAGGCCAGCCGCAUCUCCACCUUCCUCCACAUGAACGGAAUGCCCGGGGAGAACUCCGAGCAAGCCCCUCGCCGCUGCCCCAGUCCCUGCACCACCUUCUUCAGUCCUGAUGUGAAUUCUCGCUCGGCCCGAGUCCUCUUCCUUCUCGUGGUUCCGGGACACCUGGUCUUCCUCUACACCAUCAGCUGUAUGCAGGGCGGGCAUACCACCCUCACACUCAUCUUCAUCGUCUUCUACAUGACAGCCGCACUGCUCCAGGUGCUGAUUCUCCUGUACAUCGCUGACUGGAUGGUGCACUGGAUGUGGGGCCGGGGCCUGGACCCUGACAACUUCUCCAUCCCGUACUUGACAGCUCUGGGGGACCUGCUCGGCACCGGGCUCCUCGCACUCAGCUUCCAUGUCCUCUGGCUCAUUGGGGACCGAGACACGGACGUCGGGGACUAG